GAAGGAAAUUUCAUUUUUUUGUUGUAAAGACCAUUGUUGUCCAAUUAAGGUUAACAAAUAUAAAAUUUUUCAAAAAACAAAUCGCAGAUGGAACAGAAAUCAGGUUCUUAAGAAAUAAGGAUCUUAUCCUAUAAUUUGACCAACAGGAGUAUGAGUAGCCUACAGUCUUUUAACACAACGCACACGUGCGCGAGUGCGCGUCACCAGUGGGUGGUGUCAGCACGCGCUAUAAAUAUACAUUUGUUCUGGUCUUAGGUUGGGAAAAUGUAACACCAUAGCUAUUUCGCUGAGAUGGAGGUGAAGAUAGAGCUGAGAAGUGCCUUCUUGUCUGAAAUGGAAAUAUAUUUUUCUUUUUUAAACUAAAAAAAUCGUAACUUUUUUCAGGAAAUAACUGGAUUUUGGAUCAACAAAGACCAUGGCAAGAAGGAUUUUCGAUGCUAUUUUGUUAAUUGUGAGUUUGCUAAACAUUUUAACUCACGGUGCACCACUGAGCGAAGGCCAGGAAGCUGCAGACUUCAAUUCACAAUCUUUAUUUCAACAAUCCCAAGCAUCAAACUCUCGCUUAAGAGCCAAACGCUGCACCUGCUACUCUUUUAAAGACACUGAGUGUGUGUAUUACUGCCACAUGGGGAUUAUCUGGAUCAACACACCACAGCAUCCAGUUCCUUAUGGCAUGUCAAGUUACCACAGCCCUCAGCGAUUGAAGCGCUCCAGUGGGACAACCGGCUUGGUGAUUCAUCAAUACAAAGUGCCAAGACUUCUUUGAUGCAAAGCACAUGGAUCACAGAAAACACAUAACAGUGUACACAAGAAGAGGAAGAUUCCUUCACAUCAUCUUCACACCUUAAGAAUUGGAGAUCAAGACUAAUGAUCAACACAGGUUUAGGAUUUGGAAUAAAACCACUCGACAUUCCUCAUCAUGUUCUGUUUUCUGAAACAGCCGAAACUCAUCUGGUCCACGGUAUGAAGUGAAUUCUUUAGAAAUUUUUUGCAGGUCAGAAGCAUCUGUCUGUCUGUGUGUGACCAGCCUCGGGUUAUAAGGGCUAUGGACCUACAGCUGUUUCACUGUCUGCAAGUAUACAUUUGAUCUCCUUGAUUCUGAGAAGUUUAUAAAAUACGCUAUGCAUUGAUCUUCCCUUUUGUGGGCAGAUCUUCAAAGCGGGAUUACUGGACAAAGAUGGAGAUUAAGUAGCUCUUGAAUUUGUGCUUGUACUGAGGCUUUCCACUUUAUCUGAUUUCAGAUGUCAAAAAAUUUUACAUUAAGAAUACAUUUUCAUUAUAAAAGAACUCCUUAAGUGUUCUAGAGGAAAUUGCUACUAUAGAUUUUCUGUUGCUAACCUUUACAUUUUUACACACUCAACAAAAAUGUUUACCCAUUCCAAGUUAAGACCUUUUAUACUCUUUAGAUGGCAAAAACUGUAAUGUUAUUGUUCUCGAUCAGUAUGAUAUAUUAAAGAGCACCUAUUUCACUGCUAAAAAACAAUGUUGUUUUGUGUAUUUGGUAUAAUACAAUGUGUUUGCGUGGUUUAUGGUUAAAAAAACACAUUAUUUUCCACAUACCGUACAUUUUUGUAGCUCCAGAUUUCAGUCUCUUGCUAAAAUGCAUAGAUUUGAAAAGCUCUGUGUCCCUGAUUGGCCAGCUAAUCUGUACGUUGUGAUUGGCCUGAAGACCUCUGAAAUGUGACACUUCUUACCAUGUUUGAAAGAUUUGGUUGCUAACAGGAGUUAACUUACAGGCUGUGAGUCCCAGCGGGAGGAAUUAUGAUAAUGUCGGUCUUGACUACAUCACCAAUCACAGGAAGUAAUCUGUUGCCUACAAUCUGUGUGUUUGUUGUAGUCCAAGAAAAGAGAUACAUGUUGGAAACAAUAACUCGCGCCAUUGUUUACUUUAGGGUUUGUACCUUUUGCAUAUCGUUAACAUGUACUAAUACACACACACCAAAGAAAAUGUAGAAUCGUGAAUCGGAUAAUCUGUGCUCUUUAAAGAAAGAGAAAGAUAAAGUUUAUUUGUAUUUUUGUAAAAGUUUCCUGUGUAGACUUUACAAUACACAUUUUUUUCAGAGGAACAUGACUCUUUCAAUGUCAAGUAAGAGUACAGAAUAUAUGGCCUUCAAAUGUCCACUGCCUAAAUGAGUUUUUGAAUAUAAUGUUAUUUACAGUGUUUCUAUAAAAUGUAUUAUUUAUCUGUAUUUAUCCUUAUAUUUAAUUUGUUUCAGCAAUGGUUUAAUACAUAGAUAGCAUGCAAAGAUGACUCUUUAAAAUGAUGCAUUACCUGAGGUCGCGCUGGCUCAUCACACGGAUAAGAAGUUGAUGAGAAGUUGUGAUUUAAAAGUGC